UUUAAAGCGACAGUCAGCCUCAAACACAAAGAAGACACGGAGCGACAAACAGGAGAAGUGAUGGAGCCUGUCCAAACUCUGCAUGGAGACGGUGCUGAGGUCACCUCAUGGGUGUCUGUGUGUCCCAAAGGCCUCUGGAGGGUGCAACAGAAGCACAAGUGGAGUCAACCAACCGGUUCCAAUACUGCAGAUGCUACAACCCGUUUAUCUAAAAAAUGUCCCAGCUUGGGCUCACUGUGCCGGGUCCGAGUUCAGCUUCAGGUCCAAACGGACGGCUCGGAUGGUUCGUUAUCUGAGAAAAGCAACGGCAAGUCAGCGUUUGGUGAUGUCACAGAAUUAGCGGCCACGCCGUUUCCCCGGUGUCAAGACUCUGUCCUGCAGAUCCCAGUGGGUGACUGGGUAACGCUGAGGCUGGGCGAGGGUCAGUGCGACAUCACAGAGGCGUGUUUGGAGGGGAUGAGAGCGGGCGAGAAAUGUGAGGUACAACUCACUCCGCUUGUGARCGGACCAGAUGCCGCUGUUUACCGACCUUCGGAUGGAAAUCUUCCCUUUUGUGCUACUGUUGAACUCCAAGCCUUCACGGCCGGAAAGGAGUCCUGGGAAAUGUCUGCCGAUGAAAAAAYKGCGUGGGUGAAGUCCCACAAAGACRGCGGUGGCGUGAGAUUCAGGAGCGGGGAUGUGUGGGGAGCCGCAGACAGCUACAGCCGUGCCCUGAAGCUCCUCAUCCCUCUCUGUGGCUUCGUUGGAGCGAUGAAGCCCAGAGCGCCAGAGCUUGAAUCGGGAGGAGAGAGCGACACGAGCUCCUCGGAUGAAACGCUGCAGCUUCCUCCUCGCGACGAGCUCAAAACUCUCAAAGCCGAGCUUCACUCAAACCUGUCUCUGUGCCAAUUGAAGCUGAACCAACCAGAGCGGGCGAAGGCCAGCGCCGCUAAAGCCACCCAACUGGAGCCCAACGCCUCUAAAGCCUGGUACCGACUGGGCCAGGCGUGUCAGAUGCUGAAUGAGCUGGAAGAGGCCAAACAGGCAUUUAGAAAACUGCUGGAACUCCAGCCAGACCUGCCUGCUGCGGUGAAGGCUCUGAAAGAUGUCAUUCAGAAAGAGAAGCAGAGAAAUGCACAGUUGGGACAACGGCUCAGCAAAAUGUUUACCUGAAGUGAGGAGAAUAAGAAUUCAAUGUUUUUGUCUUUUUAUAUUGUUUGAUCUAAGUGCAUUUUCAACAUUGCCUUAUUUUCAAAAUAAAUUCUUUAUUAAACAAAAAGCA